AUUCGAUCUAAUAUCGAAACUGCCUGUAUCCGAGAAUAAACCAUAUUAUUGAAGAUCUGCAAGUAUAGAUGAGAGAAUUGGGAGUCGACUCAACAGAGACAACGCUCUUGGCAACGAUGUAGCGUGGCCCACCUUUUUUUUUGCUUUUGAUCGUCACCAGCAAGUCCAGCCUUCAUCUCCAGAGUUCAAACAGUCGCCUUCUCCCCGCACAAAAUCUCUUCUUGACACACUCUCGACCACGGCUCAUCCCAUAAUUGACCAAACUCAACCAAGGGGCAAUACGACAGCUCACAUCCGUUGGUUGGCGUUGAACGUGUCGACGGCGUCUCCUGCACGACGUCUAUGAAUCGCAGCGCCGAUCGGUCACGUGGUUAAAACAAGAGCGGCGAGAUGUCGAUGAGGGGUUCUUAUCCUUAACCAACCUUGUUUGCUUUUAUCUCUUCCUGGAGGAGAGAUCCUGAAAAUCGCACCGUGGACUGGGACGUCGCGCAGUAUGGUAUCGCGAGUCAGUUCACGGCAAUCGGCUGCGUCAUCUGCGGAGUCGCAGUGUUCACAAGAUGAAUCAAACGAACAGAAUCAGAACAAGGAUUUCUUUAAAUAUCCCAAGAAAAUAUGGGCGAAGUUAGACCUAGAUUGGCAAACGGCCAAGAUGAUGGCCAAAGGUGGAAUCGCGCCGACAAUUGCCCUUGCAAUGUUCCAAUCCGACGCUGUUUCGCAACAGUUUACGACUCUCGGCUACCUCGUUGGCAUUAUUUCCGUCUUGGGUUUUGCGAUUAUGCCUAGGGCCAAAUUCAUCCAGAUGAUGAUAAUUAAUAUACUCGCUGUUUGUAUAGCAUCGGCACUUGCUUUGUUAUCGAUGUAUUCGAGCGUGAAGGCGCGACAGAAUAACCCUGGCGCUGGCGGGUCUUCAACGUACAAUUCGUCUGCAUCAGCAGUAAGCGGUGUUUGGCUUUUCUUCCAGAUCUACUUGGUCAACACUUUCCGUGCAAGGGCUCCCCAACUCCAAUUUCCAGUGAUUAUAUACACAAUGGUUGCCAACAUCGCCGCUGUUUAUGCCCCUCAGAUGGCUACGAUGGUAGCUGCAAUCAGCUUUGUCAAACGAAUCAUGAAAGUUUCUCUGACAGGGCUGGCGCUUUCUACGGGAACUUCUUUGUUCAUUUUUCCAGUCACCUCCAGACAGGUCGUUUUCAAGGAGAUGGCUGGAUAUAUCGGAGGCUUACGUGGGGCACUCAAGGCCCAUUCAGCCUACUUUGAGACUCUGGAGAAGAACGACAUGUUUGGCCGAGCCGAAACCUUUGAUAACACUGUCGAGAAGGUAAACAAGAAAGGAAAGGUUUAUAGUCCAGAAGCACAAGCUAUUAGAACAGCAGUACAAAAGAUUACGGACCUCCAUGGUAAACUCCAUGGAGACCUGACCUUUGCUAAGCGUGAGUUUGCUUUAGGUCAACUAGGAGCUGACGACCUUCAAGAUGUAUUCAGAAAUCUACGAAAAGUGAUGAUUCCUGUUGUCGGAUUAAGUUUUAUUGUGGAUAUCUUCCAACGUCUUUCCGAAUACAACAAAUGGAAUGAACCCAUUGACCCACUGGGCAACGAGGCGCCACCUGAUACUAUACGCGAACGUGUCGUGCGUGAAUGGAACGAUAUCAUGAGGGCUGUCCAUGAUCCUUUUGCGUCGAUGAUUGAAACUAUCGAUGAAGGCCUUCAGCACAUAUCAUAUACACUAAAACUAACAAAACCACCCAAAAAAUCUUCUUCGUCUGCUAGAAAUGACAAUAGCACCGCAGAGGGAGCACCCAGUGACGAUGUCGAGUCGUCAGCGGGCAGUACAGCUCCGGGCGAGAAGGGGUUUACUGCGCACUUUAAACAGAGACUUGGCGAAUUCAGAAUGGCCAAAAGAAUUGCCUUACAAACCUGGGCCGAAGAGAAAGGGUUCAAUCUCCCUCCGGACUUUUUUGACCGUCCGUCGACAUUCAAUGAGAGUAUAUUUGAUACCCCCGAGGAUAAAGCUGGUAUCGGCCGGAAUCGAAGCCGGCGCCAACUCUACCUAUUUCUUUAUAUGGAACAGUUGCUCUAUUCAACUGGCCAAGUUGUUUUAGAAUUCGUCGAGUACGUAGACGAAAGAGCCGCGAGUGGAAAGCUUUCGAAGACGCGUCUCAUUAUCCCAGGUUCUAAGCGCCUGAUUAAAUGGAUGAAAAGCGCACUUCGAGGGGAAGACUCUCACGACGAUGACAACAUGGGCGAUGUGCACACGCAAAAUAACAUUCUCACCCUUGGAGAAGCUUACAAGCACCGAAAGGAUCCAGAGCACCUGCCUCCAAAAACGGCCUUCGAAAGGCUAGGCGACAGGAUUAGGGUUAUCCCAUCGUUCUUGCGUUCUCCCGAAUCUGCGUACGGAUUCCGUGUGGCAUGUGCGACUAUGACCAUUGCCGUUAUCGGAUACUUGCAUGACACUGAGACAUUUUUUAUCCAGCACCGAUUCGUUUGGGGUAUGAUCAUGGUGAACCUCGCCAUGACUCCUACCUCAGGUCAAAGCAUUUUCGGCUUUGUUCUUCGUAUCUUCGGUACCAUUAUUGCCACAGUGGUUAGCUUUAUGGCAUGGUAUAUUCCGGACCAAAAGACACCAGGUAUAAUUGUGUUUUUCUUCAUCUUUGCGUCUUUGGCCUUCUACAUCCCGAUCAAGUUAUUUCGCUUUCGUUCCAUCGGCAUUAUCACUCUCAUUACUUCGACAAUGGUAAUCGGCUAUGAGCUCCAGGUCCGGAAGAUUGGCGUGGAUGCUGCAACUGCGAACGGGCAGCAAUACUAUCCUACUUAUCUUCUUGCCCCAUAUCGGUUGGCGGUAGUAGCGGGAGGUAUUGCGAUGGCUUUUGUAUGGACAGUUUUCCCUUACCCUAUCUCGGAACACUCGGUGCUUCGCCAAAGCUUGGGAGCUUCUCUAUAUCUGCUGGCAAAUUACUACUCACUUAUUCACGAGACGGUAAAUGGACGUAUCCGUGGCGAUGAGGGUGACUUGGCUUUGAAAACAUCAUCAGGCCGCAGACUCCUGAAAGCACGCAACCAGGUAUUUUCGAAACAAAUGCUGAUGCUCAAUGGCCUACGAACCUACUCUGGAUUUUUGAAAUGGGAGGUCCCUAUUGGUGGUCGAUUCCCAAAGAAGCAAUAUGAUGCAAUCAUUCUAUGCAUCGAAAAUAUUGUGAACUAUCUAAGUCUUUUGGGUUAUGCAUCCGACUCCCUCUUGCACCUUGGCAAUGAUCCAGAUGAAUCAGACUCAGCCUGGAUCCAUGAUUUCAAAAGGCUCGUCGCUAGUGCCAAGGUCACGACCCAUGAGGUUACAUCGGUUCUGUGUCUUCUCUCAGCAAGUAUCACAAACCGCCAACCCUUGCCCCCGUAUCUGAAGGCACCGAGACCGUAUAGCUUUUCGAGGAGGCUGGAGGCUCUUGACAAAGAUAUUCUCAGUCUCAGACACAUUGCCGAACCAGGAUUUGCGGCAUUCUCAGUGCUGCAGAUUUCGACCAGGUGUAUUGUCGGUGACGUAGAUAGAUUGAUGCGAAACGUUAAAGGGUUAGUUGGGGAGCUCGACUUUUCGUUCCAUGCGGUCAGCACCCUCGAUGGUUCCAAAUCCGCCAAAUCCUCCAUGCACGACUUGGCUUUGUCGAGAGCCACAAGCCGGGAUAAGACCGACUAGUCUAUACAAUAAUUGGUUGGAAAUAAACAGUAUCCAUGAUUUUAUGCUUGUUCCAUUUCCUAAGGUGUCAGAAUAAUACCAGCAUCACUGGUCUGGAGGACAUUAUCACGUUUAACAGCUAUACUAGUGCAGCGACUUUUAUCUUUUGAGCUUCUAUACCCUGAUUGUCUUGAUAUGGUGGCUUAUUUUAUGCAGAAUUUUUAAAGGAUCUCCAAGUUUACAUACGUUUACAUGUCUUAAUUGAAUUGCAUAUACCAAUCGAAUUAAACGAUGUUUCAUGCUCACUUAAAUAUGUCUCGGAUAUCCACAAACUCAUAUCUCAG